GCCAAACAACUGAGGAGACCUAGCUACACCUCGGGUCAACUGCGACUGAUUAAUUAAGCUCAUGGCCGCUGUGCAUCGAAAACUUAUUUGAGCUUAAUUAAUCCAAAGAGUCAGAGAGUCAAGAGGACUUAAUUCAAGAAGGAGGGAAUCGACGCAAAGCAACGCAAACAUGAGUCGUAACUGGACUUACAGUCAGCGGCAGAGGUUAAUGUCUCAGCGCCAGAGUCAGGAGCAGCACAGGCAGCAGGAGACCAGGCGCGUGGACCGGGAGAGGCAGCUGCAGGCCAGUCUGCGGGACGAGGAGGGCUUCGAGAGGAGGAGAUACCUGCGACAGGUGCAGGAAGAACUCAAGGAGAGGCAAAUGGAGAGCGCUCUGCAGAAGGCAGAGGAGGAGAGAAUAAACAGAGAAAAGCAACUUGAACAAGAGGAGAGAAUGGCUAAAGAGCUGGCCCGCAUCAACUAUGAGACUCAAAGAGAAGAGAAAAUGAGGCAGUAUAUUAAAGAGAACAGCAUGGAGCUUCGAGAGUUGGAGUCAAAGCUGAAGUCUGCAUAUCUGAAUAAGGAAAGAGCUGCACAGAUUGCUGAGCAGGAGGCUAUGAGGUUUGAGACCAUGCGUGAGGAGGCAGACUUUGCUCGCAAGAUGAAGUGCGAACAUGAGCGAACAGCCGGUGAGCAGCAGAAGCUGGCACAGAAACGCCACGAGGAGCUUCUGCAGUAUCAGAGAGAGCUGGAGCAGCAGCUCAUUGAGAGGGAGCGCAAGAGACAAGAGGCAUACGAGGAGUUCCUCAAAGAGAAGCUUAUGGUUGAUGAGGUUAUCAGGAAGAUUUAUGAGGAGGAUCAGAUGGAGAGACAACUGAAACUGGAGAAGGUCAGAGCCACUCAGCAGCACAUUGAAGAAUUCAAGAGACAGCAGGGUGAGUGGAGACGCAUGGAGCAAGAAAAGAUGGAGGCCGAGAACAGACGCAUCAUGGAGUUUGCGCGCCAUCAAGAGCACAUGGAGGCGACUAGAACGGCCAAGAUGAGAGAGCAAGAAGAAGCAAAAGAGCAUCUUCAUAAAAUACUGUCUGACAAGAUUGAAGAGGAGAGGCAGAAGCGUGAAGAGAUGGAGCGAAUCCGUGAGGAGUUGUGCUUAGAAGAACAAGAAGAGGCGAACAGGCAGAGAGAUAUUGAAGAGAUGGAGAAGAAAAUCAAACAGAGGCUGAUGAUGCAGCGGACCCGCCAGGAGCAGAUGGCUUUCAAAGAGAUGCAGAGGCAGGCAGAGAAAGAGGAAGAGGAGGCCUUCAGGAAAAUGAUGAUGGCUAAGUUUGCAGAGGACGAUCGGAUAGAGCAGAUGAAUGCCCAGAAACGACGCAUGAAGCAGCUUGAGCACAAACGUGAGGUGGAGAAACUGAUAGAGGACAGAAGACGGCAGCAGGAGGCUGACAUGGAACUGGAGGCUAAAGAAAGAGCGACUGAGCAGGAGAGAGAGGCACUGCGUAGACGGAUAGUUGAAGAAGAGAGGCAGCGACUUCUUAAACGUCACGCAACAAAACUCCUAGGAUACCUUCCAAAGGGCUUGCUCCGUGAAGACGACCUGGAGCACUUUGACGAAGACUUCAGGAAAAACUUUAAGACACGUCAGGCUGAUAUCUUCUCUGAAGACGGCUGGGAAGGCGAUGAGUAAAUGUUUUCCCCUGAAAUUCUUUACUAUGCCACUAGAUGGAAGUUUAAGGUUACGGUGAACUACGUUUUGUGACCACAAAGUUCUUCAUUCCUCUGUAUUCAUGAUAACACUUGGUUACACUUCAGUAACAACAAAACGAUUUAGAGACAUCUUUUUAUUGGGACUGUGAUGAAUUAAAAUCUUUCCAGAAAAGCUC